ACUCAAAAUCGCGGUUUCUUUCUAUAGCAUUGAGCUUCUAGGGUAUCGAAUUCUGGGAUGGAGUAGACUAUGGAGGAGUUCAGUCGUUUCUGACGCUGAGCAGAGAUUACGCCACGUUUAUUCUUCAUUUUUCUUUGCCUUUGAAGAUGAACAACGAAAAUUUUCAAGCGCAGCAGCUCUCGGAGGAACAGAGAUCCCGGAUUUCCGACAAGUUCAGAGCUGCUAAGGCGCUUCUUGCCCGGAAGAGGCCGCGCAGUUUCAUUUCGACUGAUGACUUCGAUCAUAUAAAUGGAGCUUCAUCUCUUGCUCAUGGAGGUAAGAGAUAUCCUCUUUCAGACAUUUCAGUGAACACAUGUUCUACACCAAAUAUGAAGUUGAUGAAUUUGGACAAGGAAAGCAAAAUGGGUUCAUGUUCUGAGCCGAUGCAUAUCAGAUUGAACAAGGAUGGAUUAAAUGUAAGGGGAACCAGUUGUCCUUCCAAGAAUGCCAUAGGCGCUUUUGAAACUCCUAGAAGACAAAUUCAGUGCCUUACUAAUUCCUCCAUUGAUACUGCAUCAGGGUAUACGACAGAACCAAUGGAUGGUAAUAUAAGUGAAAGAGAGAACACUGAUGCUAAGGAUGGAACCAAUAGGUCUAGUUCUUUUGAUAGUGCAAGAAGCAUGGUGUCUGAUUAUUCUGGAUUGAGAUUGAACCAGGAUAGCUUGAAUGUGAGAAGAACCAGUUUUCCUUCCAAGAAUGCCAUAGGUCGAUUUGAAACUCCAAGAAGACAAAUUGAAUUCAGUACUAUUAUAUCCACUGAUAGUGCAUCAGGGUAUAUGACAGAACCGAUGGAUGCUAAUAUAAGUGAAAGAGAGAAUGCAGGUGAUAGCGCAUCAGGGUAUAUGACAGAACCGAUGGAUGCUAAUAUAAGUGAAAGAGAGAAUGCAGGUGAUAAGGAGGGAACCAAUAGGUCUAGUUCUUUUGAUAGUGCAAGAAGCAUGGUGUCAGAUUAUUCUUCACUGACCAAGUCUUUAAAUGAAGAUUUUGACAUUUCAGUUCUGGAAGAAAUAGAUGCUUUAUGUGGACAAGGAUUUGUCAAACAAGAAAGUGGAAAUCUGAGUGAUAAUCCUCAAAUGGAAUGCCUAUCAGUUGAAACAAAUGUUGAAAAAAAUAUCAAUUUGGCUGCUAUAUUCCCAGAACUAUUGAUGUCAAAGGGUGAUGAUAAAUUGAGAGUAGAAGGUUUGAGAACUUCAGAGACUCUGCUUGAUCAUAAUAUGCCCAAGGAAUAUGCAAACUAUAUCCAGACUCUGAAUGACAGGCAGCAAGAAGCUGCAUGUAGUGAUAUAUCAAUCCCUCUAAUGAUCGUUGCUGGCCCAGGAAGUGGAAAGACUUCUACAAUGGUCGGACGAGUCCUGAUGCUAAUUAAAGAAGGAAUUAGUCCAUCCAAUAUCUUGGCAAUGACAUUCACUACAGCUGCUGCUUCUGAGAUGAGAGAUCGAAUAGAAAGAGUUGCUGGGAAAGCAAUUUCAAAAGAACUUUUGAUAAGCACAUUCCAUUCAUUCUCUCUCCAACUUUGCCGCUCCCAUGCCGAAAAGUUAGGUCGCACGCCUGAGUUCUUAAUAUAUGGACAAGGACAGCAAAGGAGAGCAGUCAUUGAAGCUGUACGGAUACUAGACAAUGAAAAGGAUACGGUCAAUCACAAUGCUGAGAAAUCUAAUGAGGGGUUCAACACAAAUUCUCUUCAGUACUUCAAGGAUAAGUCAAAGAAAUGGCUGAAGUUUGUUACACAAGCCAAAGCUUCUGGAAAGACUCAUGAAGAUUGCCAAAAAGGUGGUGAUGUAACAGGGGCUGCUAUACUUAAAAACUAUGAUGAUAUUUUGCAAUCAUGUAAUGCUCUAGACUACCAUGAUUUCAUCAGUUGUUCAGUGAGGUUGCUAACUGAUUUUCCUGAAGUAUUUAAGGAAUGCCAAGAAUCAUACAAAGCAAUAGUGGUAGAUGAAUUUCAGGACACAAGUUCCAUGCAGUAUCACUUCUUGUGUCUUCUUGCAUCUCAUAAGCGCAUUACUAUUGUUGGUGACGAAGAUCAGUCUAUUUUCAGUUUCAAUGGAGCUGACACAUCAGGAUUUCGUUCAUUUCGAAAGGACUUUCCAAACCACAAAGAGGUUAGAUUAAACAAAAAUUAUCGUUCUACCCGUUGUAUUAUUGAAGCUGCAUCAUCUAUGAUACGAUAUAAUUCAAAGCGGUGCCAAUCAAAUAGUGUGCUUACAGACAAUUCUUGUGGAUCAAAGAUUGCUGUCAAGGAUUGCAGCAACGAAGAUGCUCAAUGUGCAUUUGUUGUGGACAAGAUAUUAGAGAUAUCUUCUGAUGGUGCAUCUAAGAAAAGUAGGUUUGGAGAGAUCGCUGUUCUAUACAGGAGACAGGUCUCAGGGAAAGCAUUUCAAACAGCUUUCCGAAACAGGAAGAUACCAUUCAAUACUCAUGGGGUAGCCUUCUACAGGAAAAAGGUGGUUAGAACCAUUAUUGCCAUGCUUAAAACAACAUUGCCUGGUUGUGACGAUGGGUCAUACCGUCUAGUAUUCAAGGCAUUGCUACCUUUUGAGAAAGAAGACAAAAAGAGGGUGAUUUGUCAUGUCGAAAAAAUCUCUACUGUACGAAAAUGCAGUUUCAUAUCGUCUGCACGUGACAUAUUUAAUGCCAAGAUUUCUGGAACAUUUAAAAGGAACCAUCUUACUCAAGGCCGCAAAGUGUUGUCUACCCUAGACAUGAUCGCCAAGCUUAUUCAAAGGGAACCAUCAAUUUCUGCUGCUAUUACCUCAGUAGCAAACAUGAUACCUCAGAAAUACCUGCUUGAACAAAGAGCAGUCAUUGACAUUGAUGGAGGGAAAUUGCUAAAUGAAGACAAUGAUGUUAGAUCUGUGAUCCAACAUCUGUUAGAUGAUGUUUCUGAAUUUAUAUCAACACAGUACAAUAUGGAAGAAGACAAGAGUGAUGUCACUGCAGACAAAAAAGGCUGUGUUCAUGUGCUUAAAGCUUUUAUGGACUAUUUAUCUGGACGUGAGAGGGAAAAUUUUCUUACAAUGAAAUGUGAGAAUAAAGACGCAGUUACUCUUACUACAAUUCAUCAGUCAAAGGGACUGGAGUGGGACACCGUCUUCAUAGUAAAGGCAAAUGAGUCAGAGAUCCCUUUGUUGCACGAAUUUAAUGGCAUUGCAGGGGAAAGUUGUUCUUCUGUCGAGGAGGAGAGACGCUUAUUAUAUGUUGCAAUGACUCGUGCUCGGAAAAAACUGUACAUCCUUUAUGUUGUCAUGGACUCAAAUUGGCAGAUGCUUCAGCCGUCACGUUUUUUGAGAGAAAUCCCUCAUCACCUUAAAGAGACCCAGGCUGAGCUCACUCCAAAAGAUUUACAAAAAGAGGACCCACAAAAUGAAAUUGGAGCUGCAAGUGGUUUAGCACGAGAGGUCAAAUCUCCCAAAGCAGAUGAUGUAGACAGCAAUUUUGAGAUAUAUGUCAAUGAAGCUUUAGAGGAAUUGGAACCAAUUGAGGCAUGCCAUGGCAAUAGCUUUCUCCGAAGAUUCAAUGUGGAGGAUCGGGCAGUUGUUUCCCAUUUGUUCCGUCAGUGGGCCAAAAAGCCAGCAUUCCAGGAUCCAAAGAGGUUACUCAACAAGAUAGGCUUUGCCAUUGAAGAACGCUUGAGAGUCUCGAAAAGCACGAACAAGGAUGUUAUGCGUCAACUUAAAUCCUGUUUGGGGGGUGACGAGGCAUUUCAGUUUGCAGAAUAUGUUCUUAGGUGGGAGAAGAUUCCGGCUGAUCAACGCAUACAUUUGACCAGGGAGAAACAGGAGCAUUUUCAGAAACUGAGGAUUGAGAAAUCAAUGAGUUCGUCAGCUGCUACGCCAAAACAGGUUGCUUACCUGCAGAGUUUGGGAUGCACUGUGGCACCUACAUCGAGGCUUCAUGCGUCGACUUUGAUUGAGCAAUAUAAAAAACUUUGAUCAUCCCAUGAAUAUUAUUAUGGUUAUUUAUAAACAAACAAAAA